AUGGCUGCGUUCCAGCAGAAGGUUAUUUAUGCUGCCGCUUUUAAACUUCAUUUUGGGGUAAGCGAAGAAAUGGCAAGUUUUUUGGACGAUUUUUUGGCAUUCUUUGGUGCUCCACUUCCUGAGCCGGCUUCACUUUCUGCUACAAAAGUGUCUGUGAACACGACCAGUCCAAAUAGGGAGCACCAGGGCAAAUACUACCAUCACGCAAGGGGAAUCCCCGUCAUGAAAUCGGGUUUCAUACUCGACUUAUGCGCUCAUAAAAAAGCCAAUUUCGAACACAUGUUUGCG